GUUGCGACGCCACAUUCCUCCUUGCUCUCCCCCUCCUCAAAACCCACCCCCACUGCGACCUCCCAACAGCCUGAAUGGCGUGCACAGCAAAGUCGAGUUGCGACCUUCACAUCGCCUGUCCCACUAGGAGGAAAGCCUUCCUUCCUCCUGCCAACCUUGACCAGCCUGCAGGGUCGGCCGUGCCUCCUUGUCAGACUGGUCUGUUAAUGUACACGGGGUAUCCGCACCUCCUACCAAGUAGGUACCUAGGUAGCUACUCCGCGGUAGGUAUGCAGCAGCACCAACCUACCAGCUGCAGGCCAGACCUACCAGUCCCGUCCCGUCCCUUACUUGCUGUGGUACUGGCACCUUCGUCUGUGCGUGCCCCACUGCCACGGAGUUCCUGACUUCCCAACGUCGCAACAGUGAACACGCGCCCAGGCCAAGCUCGACCUAUCCGUCGUCUUCUGGGGCAAUCUCCGACCAACCUUUCCCUAAACCCCUUCAGCCUUUUCCCGCCCCACGACACUCUCGAAAGCCUGUUGACGAGACCUUCGGCCCUCUUUUCUGGAAGCCAUCCUCGGGGCCAAAGUUGAAAUUGAAAUCUGCAGUGCAGGGCCCAGGAUCUUCGCCCUGUGCCGAGAAAAGGUCACCAGCACCAAGGAAGUCAGGGAGGCGACAUCUCCCGCUUCUCCGACUCUGAGAGCGAGAUUGACGAGCUUCGAAUCCGAGAUCGACCACCGCCCACGCCCUCAAACAAGUCGCCCUCGGAUAUUCUGACCAGCUUCUCUCGGGGCUUCGCUAAGCUGAAGCGGCAGCCCUCUCAGUUGGUCCUGAAGCACAACAGGGAACAGUCUGCGCCGACUCCCGAGCCCGGCACCUCUUCUGCGCCCAUCAGUACCUCGAGUCGAUCGCCCGCGCCUCCAGUCCACCAGCAUGCCCGCAGUCUGAGCUUCCAGAACAGCCUGUCGAAGCCUCUCCCAGAGCCACCACCACCGAGCCCGGGUACGCCCGUAGCGCCGCAACUUUCUCAUCCUCAGUCCCCGCGACCUCGCUCCCCCCAAGGGUCCCAGCCUGUCCACGGCUCUCAGGCUUCCCAGGGCUCCCAGGGCCCCCAGGGCCCUCAAGGCUCCCCCAUCCCUCAGGUGUCAUACCACCAGCAUCAGAGCAGUCUUGCCACAAUUCUCGAUACAAACGACUAUAACGACCCGGAGCCGGCGAGCGAGCCCGAGACAGACAGCCGGACGAGUACCAUGGACUCCAGCAGCUCGGAAGCGCAGAACUACAUGGCGGGGCCCGGCGGCAGGCAAAACGGAGGGGACGAGUCGCAGAAAGAUUCCCUGACCCCAAAGAGUAUUGGCCCGAGUUCUGCAGGGCCCUCGCCCAACGUCAACCAAGCAAGAACACCAGCCAUGGGCGCUGGAUCAUCGCCAGCGUCGGGUCUGCUAUGCAACGUGCACAGGACAACUGGCAGGGAGCCGCAUCCUUUGGUCGGCGCAACCACGACAAUAGUGGGGGAUAAGCUGUACGUGUUCGGCGGGAGGAUCCUUUCCAGGAGUCGGCCCACGCCGCUCACGUCGGACUUGUACGAGCUCGAUCUUAUCCGACGGCAUUGGACAAAAGUUGAAACGUCGGGCGACAUUCCCCCUCCACGAUACUUCCACUCCAUGUGUGCACUUGGGGACACCAAGAUGGUUUGCUAUGGUGGCAUGUCACCAGCUCAAACAUCUCCCGGGGCCGUCGACGGCCAGGGCGAUGUCACUGUCAUGUCCGAUAUUUACAUAUAUGACGUUUCGACGAGAAAGUGGACAUUCAUACCGACUUCGGACGCUCCGCAAGGCCGGUACGCCCAUUGUGCUUGCGUUUUACCAUCAUCGGCCACGUUUGCAUCUUACAAAGCUCCAUUGUCGGCGCUCCAACACAACCCCUCCACCGGCACCAACGAGGGCCGCAUCGGGAUUAACAUUGACGGCACAGGCGGUGCGGAGAUGGUCGUGGUCGGGGGCCAAGACGGUGCGAAUCACUACAUUGAACAGAUAAGCGUCUUCAAUCUCCGGUCCUUGAAGUGGACAUCGACACAACCCUUGGGUAAAUCUUGUGGGGCCUACAGGAGCGUCUGCGCGCCGCUGCCUCCAGCUGUGACCGCCAAGAUUGGCAAAGCGAACACCAACGGAACUCAGCGGUCAGAGAGUGGCAUCAGCCAGGAAGCCCGGGAGCCAGGCUCUUCGAUGCUCAUAUACUCCAACUAUAAUUUUCUCGACGUCAAGCUUGAGUUGCAAGUGCGGUCCAGCGACGGGACGCUCAGUGAGAAGGCCAUGUCCAACGCGUAUUCCCCGCCUGGGCUUAGGUUCCCCAAUGGCGGUGUUAUCGAUACCUACUUUGUGGUCAGCGGCACAUAUCUUACGUCUUCGAAGCAAGAAUACGCACUCUGGGCUCUGGACCUGCGCAACCUGCAGUGGAUGCGUAUUGACGCAGGCGGAAACGUGUUCAAGGAGGGCAGCUGGAAUCGAGGCGUGCUCUGGAACCGUCGCAACACCUUCGUGAUUCUGGGCCAUCGUAAACGGAGCUUGGUUGAUGAUUACAAUCAUCGCCGCAUCAAUUUCACUAAUGUAUGCAUGGUCGAGCUGGAAGCAUUUGGCUUCUACGACAACCCGCGCAAGGUCAGCCCCAUGUCUGGCUUCAUCUCGGCAAGCGGCCCUUAUACCGGCCCUGGCUUGAGCUUGGCUCGUAAAGCCGGGGCCACUGCCGGAGGCCGGUUCCACUCGAGAACGAGUGAGGAGCUGGGCGAGAAAGCAUUGGCCAUACGCGAGCUGGCAGAUAUGGACAUACUCUGUAUAGGGGGCGAGCGGAUACCGAUCAACUCGAGGAUCAUAGCGCGGAGAUGGGGACCAUACUUUGUGCAGUUGCUAAGAGAGGGCACUGCAAUGCAGGACGGGAGCGAUUCGGUGACGCUAAGAUCGGUGGGCGCUUCGGGUGGUGGUGUGCGGAGCUCCAUGAUGACCAUCACACCUGCGACGCGAACCAUGUCGAGAGACACAGACAUGUCGACAGCUACGACUUUGGCGGGCUCAUCGUCAGGCGGCAGCUUCUCAGGACCCUCAGGAAUGGGGCCGUCCGGUGCCGGCCCCAGCCAGGAAACGGCUAACCCAAACGCCGCGCCCACACCACGAACGAUGCCUCCCAAUUCACGCCCUCGCUGCCUCUAUCUUCCACAUACUUACCUCACCGUCCAAGCGCUUCUUCACUAUCUCUACACGAGUAGCCUGCCCGCGCCGAGCUCCCCGCUCUGCACUCCACAGAUCCUCUGCUCGUUGCUUCAGAUCUCCCGCCCCUACCGCAUCGACGGCCUCUUAGAGGCCAUUGUCGAUCGUCUUCACACUCUCUUCGAGAACCGCAACGCGGCAGCCAUUUUCAACGCCACUGCAAUGGCAGCAGGUGGCGGGCGCGGCAUCGAUGGUACGCUCAACCCGAAUUACUUCAUCGUGAGUGGCCUCGACUCCACGGGCAAUGACUCUAGUACACUCCAGGGUGCCUCGAACGGCACCACUGGGGACGACCUAUACGCGAAUGGUGGAGCCGGGAACAGGGCCACUGCGUUGCGCAUCAAUACUUCUGUCCCUGGUCAAACUGGACGCCCACCAUCCGAUGAGCUCUCCGCGACAACAAGCGUGAGUGGGAGCGAAUGGAGUGCCAGCGAGAUGAGUGAUUCAGAACGGCGGGGCAGAUAUCGCGAGGCUUGGAGCGGUGAGUUCAGCAGUGUCAUCGGACUACAGAAGCGCGGGCUCCGCGGUCUCAUGGAGGGCCGGAAACUGAGGGAAAGAACGGGCACGGCCACGGGGGCGAAUCCAGUCAGCACCAGAGUCGGACUUGGACUUGGCAUCGCCGGUGGUGGGGGGUGAGGGUGAUCUCAAGUGCUAGCAGUCACUGUCCGUGGUGACUCAGUCCGGACGACGACAUGCGUCGUGUGACUCAUCGCUCAUUGCACGUUUCUUGAAGGGCAUGUAGGCGGAUCGGUGGGUUAGGCUUUGUGGCCGACUAGUCCUCCCAGAGAAAACGAAGUCUUCCACUCCGUCUGGGUUUACAGCCACAUGAAAGGAGAAGCGGUUCGUAUCUAAUGGGCAAUUGGGAAAAGAAGUAACAUGGAAACUUCAGGGACAGUGAUGAGAGGUUUGGGAUACUGGCAUGGGGCACGGUCUGGAAGGGGACACCGAGAGAACAAAAAUAAACGAAGCGGGCACCGGUCGGAUGAUCGCUGCUCCAGGAUCUCACGAGUUUCCUCACGGCCGAGUUAUUGCAUUGUAUAGCAGCAUUGCGCAUCUGGCGUUGGCUGGUAUUUGCUAGGGUCAGGAACUCAACUUCUUCUGUUUACUUUCUAA